AUGCAUGCUAGAUGGGUGACUUUUUUGCAGAAAUUCUCAUUCGUUAUCAAGCAUACUUCCGGCAAGACAAAUCGUGUGGCGGAUGCGCUGAGUAGAAGAGCUUCAUUGUUAAUCACGUUGACUCAAGAAGUUGUGGGGUUUGAAUGUCUGAAGGACUUAUAUGCGGGUGACGAUGAUUUCCAGGAAAUUUGGACUAAGUGCAUCAAUCAUGAGCCAAUGGCAGAAUACUUUCUUAAUGAAGGUUACUUGUUCAAAGGCAACCAGUUGUGUAUUCCAGUUUCCUCUUUAAGGGAGAAGCUUAUUCGGGACUUGCAUGGUGGAGGAUUGAGUGGCCACCUAGGCCGUGAUAAAACAAUUACAGGGAUGGAUGAGAGAUUUUACUGGCCACAGCUCAAGCGAGAUGUUGGAACUAUUGUGCGCAAAUGCUACAUUUGUCAGACUUCAAAGGGGCAGGUACAAAACACUGGAUUAUAUAUGCCAUUACCAGUUCCUAACGAUAUUUGGCAGGAUCUUGCUAUGGAUUUUGUCAUCGGUUUGCCCCGAACACAAAGGGGAGUGGACUCUGUAUUUGUGGUGGUUGAUCGGUUCUCAAAAAUGGCGCAUUUCAUAGCCUGCAAAAAGACUGCUGAUGCAUCAAAUAUAGCCAAACUGUUUUUCAGGGAGGUUGUUCGCUUGCAUGGGGUUCCUACAUCCAUUACAUCUGAUCGUGACACCAAGUUCUUGAGCCAUUUUUGGAUCACCUUGUGGAGACUGUUUGGGACUACUUUGAAUCGUAGCAGCACUGCCCAUCCCCAGACUGAUGGCCAGACUGAGGUUACAAACCGGACAUUGGGCAAUAUGGUACGAAGUGUCUGUGGAGAGAAGCCAAAACAAUGGGAUUAUGCACUACCACAUGUGGAGUUUGCAUAUAACAGUGCAGUCCAUAGUGCAACUGGAAAGUCUCUAUUUUCCAUUGUUUAUACUGCUAUACCUAACCAUGUUGUAGAUUUGGUGAAACUGCCUAGAGGCCAGCAAACCAGUGUGGCAGCGAAAAAUUUGGCUGAGGAAGUAGUAGCUGUUCGUGAUGAAGUCAAGCAGAAACUUGAGCAAACUAAUGCCAAGUACAAGGCUGCUGCAGAUCGGCAUAGGCGUGUUAAAGUGUUUCAAGAAGGCGACUCUGUGAUGAUAUUUCUGAGGAAGGAGAGGUUUCCAAUUGGCACAUAUAGCAAGCUUAAACCGAAAAAAUAUGGUCCUUACAAAGUGCUCAAACGGAUCAAUGAUAAUGCCUAUGUUAUUGAGUUACCGGAUUCCAUGGGAAUUUCCAAUACUUUUAAUGUUGCAGAUUUAUAUGAGUUCCGUGAAGAUGAGGUCCUUUAUCCAGAUCAUAACUCGGGGUCGAGUUCUUCGGAGGUGGAGGGGACUGAUGUAGAACAAAUGGCAGAUUUUAUCGCGGUUGAGCUAGAAAAAGGACGUAGCGGGAAUUUGCAGAUUUGUCGUCCGAGCUCCGAUUAG